GGAAUGCUGACCCGCCUCCAGGACUGUACCAGUUUACUAUAGUUAAGUUAAAGCUAUUCUAACACGAGGUAAACUGCUAAUUUAGUGGCUGGUGUCUGAAGCGUCAUUUUUUCCCGUUUUGUUGAAGGUAUUGACUGGGAUAAAGCAUGUUUUUGUCGUAGAGAAAUCAUGUCCGACGACGAACGUGUGCCUUCGUUUGUUGAGGACGUCAGAGUAAAGUUUGUCGAGGAAAAAGUUUGUGGGCUACUGCAGCUGCCGCCUCAAACAUGGGAGAAGAGUGCUGUCAGCGAAGGGUUUCAAACUCUUCUGAAAGACUUCUUUGGAAAGGAGUCUGUUAUAUUUUUCUCUUCAUCAUUAAAAGGUUGCCUGGUUGCUUCGAAGGAGGCCCGACCUGUUGCUCAAAACAAGCAAAUCUAUAUUCUUAAGAAAAGAGUUGAUCCCGUAGACUCGGAUAACUACAAGGGACUCUUGCUUUUUGGCCUUCUGUCUCCUUCACCGCUGCUGCAGCUGUCAAGCACAUUUGAGCAGGUAUGUGUGCCACUCCUGGCAAACUACAAAAACCAUCAUAUGUGGCCAAAUCUGAUGUCUGAAGACAUCAUUCGACAUGUUGAGAGGAUGUGCUGGAAGACAUCAGUUUUACGGGAACAGGUUAUAGGAAAAACUGUCCUCCCAAUCCCAAAUGUGACAGAUUGGAUGGAAAAUUCAUGCUCUAUCUUCAAACUGUAUGGUAACUAUGACAGAGCACUAGCCCACACCAUUGAGACCCAGGUUAUCAACUGGACCAGUUUGAUCCAGAAAAUUUUAAAGGAAGAUUCAUCAGAUCUGCUUUCAACAGGCUGUAAUCCAGGUCCCGUUGUGGAGCUGAAGUUUUGGGCUUCCAGGAAGAGCAAUAUACAGAAUAUUUAUCAUCAGCUUCAGAGUCCCAUUGUUCAAAAAAUGGCAAAGGUGUUGGAGAUGAUGGAUAGCAGCUAUCAUCCAACAAUCAAGACUCUAACUGGAAAUGUUUUUGAUGCACUACAAGAAGCCCAGGACAUUGACCUUCAUCUACAGCCGCUACAUAAACAACUGUCUCAGCUAGAAAAUAAAGGCUUUCUUCACUUUGAAACAUCCAUACCUGCACUGUUUCACACAAUCUUCCUCAUCUGGACCACCUGCCGGUCUUAUCAAAGACCAGCACACAUUGUGGUGUUAUUACAGGAACUUUGCAAUGUGCUCAUCGAACAGGCUUCUGAAUACCUCUCUGCAGACCUGCUCAUCAGAGAUGAACCAGAGGAAGGUCUACAAAUGGUAAAAAGGGUGAUAAAAAUCUUUAGAAGUUUCACAGACAGUUACCAAACCCAGAGAGAGAAGUUGAGCAGCCAUGUGAAACAUGCACCCUGGGAUUUUCCAUCUGCCAUGAUUUUUGCACGUUUCAACCAGUUCCUUAAUCGUAUGUUACAGCUGGAGGAGUUGUUUGGCAUUAUGCUGGAAUUUCAGAGGAUCGAGAAGCUGGAAUUUGGUGGACUUAAAGGGAAACUCUACAGUGAGCAUGCUGCUCAGAUGUACAAAGAGUUCAGUGAUCACUGCCAAGUGCUGAAGCACAGUGAAAACAGUCCACUUGACUUAAACUCUCUGGAUUUUGAAAACGAGUAUAAGGAUUUCAAAGUGUGGAUUGUGGACUUUGAAAGCUGCCUUGCCAACCUUCUAAGCAUGGCUUUUAAGGAGUGCUCAGGACUGGAAUCAGCUUUCAAACUACUAACUAUUGUUGGACCUUUCUUGGAGAGAAGACAAAUUAGACAGAUAUUCAGUCCCAGCUUCCUUUGGCUGCAGCAACUUUUCAGAGAAGAACUAGAGAACUGUAGACACCUGUAUAAAUCCCAGCUCACAGAGAUGGAGAGUGGUCUGACUAAGAAUAUGGUUCACACAUCUGGCACAUUGAAGUGGGCUAAAAUGCUCAGAGAACGCAUUCAAACACCAUGGGAAAAAAUCAGAUUACUGGUGGACAUGCCUGCAGUGGAGAUUAUGGAGUACAACAUGUACAUGGAGAUAUUGGGUCUCCUGGACCAAUAUGAGGAGGACAUUUACUCUGAAUGGUGUAAUGAUUUGGAAAAGGUCUGCCUGAUCAACCUGAACCAGCCCCUUAUCUCAAGAAAUGGCUCAUCUGGCUUGAUCGCUGUCAAUUUCAAUCCAAAGCUGACUAAAGUCUUGAAAGAUGUGAAGUUUAUUCAGACUCUCAGUCAGUUCCACAUCCCUGCAGCUGCAAUAACUGUUUUUGAGCAGCGUAACAUGUUUACAAAGUAUGUGAGUGGUCUGCAGCUGUUAGUACAAGGGUACAACAAGCUCAAAAAGUCAGUGCUAGAGGUAGAACUUCCUCUCAUCAGAGCAGAACUGGAAUCCAUUGACCUACACCUGACAAGAGCAGAGACUGGCCUGACAUGGCAGGAUUCAGAUUGCUGGAGCUUCAUCAGCACCACCAAAGACCUCGUCCAAGACCUUGUAUGUCGAGUCAGUAGAGCAAAGGAAAAUUGUGAGACCAUACAGUCAGUGAUGAAGGAAUGGAGCAAACAGGCCAUGUUUUGCAGAAAGGACAACAAGAGAGGCUCACUCAUACAACUGGAAGACCGGGCAGACUGUGUCAACAGGAAGUACAGUUGCAUGAAGAAGGCUGGAGACUCUAUCCAUGAGCUGGUACAGGAGAAUCUGGUCCUUUUCCAUGCUGACCCUGCAUCAGAAAUGUGGCAGUCCUACCUGGAAUAUGUGGAUGAGAUGGUGGUGGAGGGACUGUUCAGUUACAUCAGUCACUCUCUUCAGUUCUUUGUGGACAACAUGGGGUCAUGGGUAAACCAGACUCCUCUGUUUGAGGCUAAGCUGGUGCUGAGAAACUCAGGAAUGGUUUUCCUCCCCUCACUGGAGCGAGAUGCAGGGGACGGCCUCUAUGAGCUAAUAGAAGGACUAGUCGGAGAUAUAUUUAAGAUCUCAGUGAAUAUCAAGAGAGUGGCUGCUCAUCUUAGCGUGGAGAGCUACCAGGAUGUAAUGGAUGACAUGCUGGAUUUAUUGGACCUGAGACAGGAAAUAAUGAAGCAAGUGGAGAGCGUCCUGGACAAAGUGAUAAAUUACCAGAGAAGGUUUGACUGCUACACCCUUUUGUGGCAAGAUGACAUGUUGGAGUUUCUCAGCCAGUUUCUCCUGUAUGGACGUGUACUUACAGCUGAAGAGAUGGAGGCCUAUCAAGCUGAUGUACUCCCUGAGAGCCCACCUACAAUUGACAACUUCAAAGAACAGAUAGAUUAUUAUGAGGAUCUGUAUGCUGAAAUUUCCAAGCUUGAAGACUUUAGAGUGUUCAAUGGAUGGUUUCGGGUUGAUAUUAAGUUCUUUAAAGUCAGCCUGCUUAACACUGUAAAGAAGUGGAGCUGGCUUUUUAAAGAACACCUCUUGACAUAUGUCACUGACAGUCUUGAUGAGCUGCAGAGGUUUGUCCGAACCACUAUUGAAGGACUCAGACAGUGUGUGGCUAAGGGAGACCAUCGUAGUUUGGUGGAAGUUAUGAGUCACCUGUUAGCUGUAAGAGACAGGCAAACAGCCACAGACAGGAUGUUUGAGCCUCUUAGAGAUGCAAUAAUCCUCCUGGAACAAUAUGAUGUGACCAUACCGGACCAGGUCUAUUCUCAGAUGGAGGAACUCCCUGAGAAAUGGAGUGAGGCUAAAAAACUGGCCUUAAAAAUGAGACAUGAGGUGGCACCCCUGCAGAAUGCAGAAGUGAUGGUUUUACGAAGACAGUGCAUGGCAUUUGAGGUGAAACAAAGCAAAUUCAGAGAGAUGUUCAGAGCAACCGCACCCUUCAGCUACAAUGCAGAGCAGCCCUACAUCACUCUGGAGAAAUCUGAAAAAGCAAUUCGAGACAUGGAGAAAGAAGUAGCAGAGCUUCAGGACUCCACAAAUCUAUUUGACGUCACGAUUCCUGACUACAGAGACAUCAGGUUAUGCAGAAGAGAGAUCACUGUCCUCAAAGAACUGUGGGACAUUGUUGUAUUUGUGCAGAGCAGUGUGGAAAACUGGACAAAGACCAAAUGGAGGCAGAUAAACGUGGACCAGAUGGAUGCAGAAUUGAGGAGGUUUGCCAAGGACAUACAGAAGCUUGACAAAGAAGCUCGAGCAUGGGAUGUGUAUUCUGGGUUAGACCUUUAUGUAAAGAACCUGUUGACGUCACUGCGGGCUGUGAGUCAGCUACAAAAUCUGGCAAUAAGAGAGCGCCACUGGGUGCAGCUAAUUAGAACAACACAGAUGGACUUCGCUCUAACCGACAGUACCACCUUAGAAGACCUCUUGGCUCUGCAGCUCCACUUAUUUGAAGAUGAAGUUCACAACAUAGUGGAUAAGGCGGUCAAAGAAAUGGCCAUCGAGAAGAUUGUAACAGAAAUAAGUCAAACAUGGGCAUCAGUGGAGCUUUCAUAUGAGGAUCAUUACCAAACCUCUUUGCCACUACUUAAAUGUGAUGAGAAACUUAUUGAAACUCUUGAGGAUCAUCAGGUUCAGCUCCAAAUCAUCUUCCAGAGCAAGCAUGUAGACCACUUCCUGUUCCAGGUGGUGGAACUACAAAAAGAGCUCACUGUGGCGGAGUCUGUGCUGAUGGUCUGGAUGGAGGUCCAGAGGACUUGGGCACACUUGGAAAGCAUCUUUAAAGGCUGUGAUGACAUCUGCAAACAGCUGCCUGCAGAUGUGCACAGAUUCCAAGCUAUAGAUGAAGAACUUCAGGAGUUAAUGUUAGACAGUGCUAAGACCAAAAAUGUCAUUGAGACCACCAACAAACCUAAUCUGUUUGAGAAGUUAGAGAAUCUACAAAAGAGGCUAGCAUUGUGUGAAAAAGCUCUUGCUGAUUACCUGGAGAUGAAGAGACUUGCCUUUCCACGAUUCUACUUUAUUUCAUCUGCAGACUUGUUGGACAUUCUUUCCAAAGGGAGUCGUCCCAAAGAGGUAACUGUCCACCUCGCAAAACUGUUUGACAACAUGUCAGAUCUUGAAUUUGCUAACAAUGAACAGUUGGAUAAUCCUAAACUUGCGGUGGGCAUGUAUAGCAAAGAGAGGGAGCAUGUCCCAUUUCAGACUGAAUGUUGCUGUUUUGGGCCGGUGGAGGCAUGGCUUACUUCUCUGGAGGAGUCCAUGAAGGAAUGUGUUAGGGGUCACCUGUUUGAGGCUGUGUCUGUUUAUGAGGACAGACCCAGAGAGCAGUGGAUUCUUGACUUUCCUGCCCAAGUGGCUUUGAUUGGAUCUCAGAUCUGGUGGAGCAAUGACAUGGAGCUCGUGUUUAAAAGACUGGAAGAAGGAUUUGAGUCUGCACUAAAAGACUACAACAAGAAACAGAUUUCUCAGCUCAACUCAUUGAUCAGCAUAUUGCUAGGAGAGCUGAGCUCAGGCGACAGACAGAAGAUCAUGACCAUAUGCACAAUUGAUGUCCAUGCUAGAGACAUUGUUACCUGCCUUAUUUCCCAGAAGGUCACCAACUCACAGGCCUUCCAGUGGCUUUCCCAGCUUCGACAUUGCUGGAAUGAACAACAGCACCAUUGCUAUGUUAAUAUAUGCGAUGCUCAGUUCCUUUACUCUUACGAGUAUCUUGGAAAUACACCACGUCUAGUCAUCACUCCCCUCACAGACAGAUGCUACAUCACCUUGACUCAGUCACUUCACCUAACUAUGGGUGGAGCUCCAUCAGGCCCCGCUGGAACAGGGAAGACGGAGACCACCAAGGAUCUUGGCAGAGCCAUGGGCAUCAUGGUAUACAUCUUCAACUGUUCAGAACAAAUGGACCACAAGUCAAUUGGAAAUAUCUAUAAGGGUCUGGCCCAGACUGGAACAUGGGGCUGCUUUGAUGAGUUCAAUCGUAUAGCUGGAGAUGUUCUAUCAGUUGUAGCAGUGCAGGUGAAAACUAUACAGGAUGCCAUUCGCUGUAAGAAGAAAAGGUUCCAGUUCCUUGAUCAGGAGAUUGUCUUAAAGCCCUCUGUAGGGAUUUUUAUCACUAUGAAUCCUGGCUAUGCAGGAAGGACAGAGCUACCUGAGAACCUCAAAGCUCUUUUCAGACCCUGUGCCAUGGUGGUUCCUGACACUGAGCUUAUUUGUGAGAUAAUGUUGGUAGCAGAAGGUUUUCGUGAUGCUAAACUUUUAGCCAGGAAGUUCAUCACUCUGUACACUCUCUGCAAAGAACUACUCUCCAAGCAGGACCACUAUGACUGGGGUUUGCGUGCUGUCAAGUCUGUUCUGGUUGUGGCAGGGACAUUGAGAAGAAGAGGCAGGAUGAGACCAGAGGAUCAGGUGCUAAUGCGUGCUUUGAGGGACUUCAACAUGCCAAAAAUUGUCACUGAGGAUGUGACUAUCUUUUUGGGACUGCUGGAAGACUUAUUCCCAGGCCUGGAGGUGGAAAGAGAGCGAGACUGUGAAUUUGAAAAGGCCGUGCGGAAGAGCACACUGGAGCUCCGUCUUCAGCCUGAGGAGACAUUUAUCAUUAAGGUGGUGCAGUUAGAGGAACUCAUGGCAGUGCGUCAUUCUGUCUUUGUUGUUGGAAAUGCAGGGACUGGGAAAAGCCAGAUAUUGCGAGUUCUUCAUAAAACCUAUGUAAACUUGAAGAGGAAGCCUGUAUGGAAUGACCUCAAUCCAAAAGCAGUAGACAGAGAUGAAUUGUUUGGCUUCAUCCAUCCUGCAACUCGAGAGUGGAAAGAUGGUUUGCUUUCAUCACUGAUGCGGGAGCAGGCAAACAUCUCCCACCCAGGACCAAAGUGGAUUGUGUUGGAUGGAGACAUUGAUCCGAUGUGGAUUGAAUCACUCAACACAGUGAUGGAUGACAAUAAGGUCCUGACGCUGGCUAGUAAUGAACGCAUACCAUUUACCUCUUCCAUGAGACUUGUGUUUGAAGUCGGUCACUUACGAACAGCCACUCCUGCUACGGUGUCCAGAGCAGGAAUCCUUUAUGUUAACCAACAGGAUUUGGGCUGGAACCCGUACGUUGCCAGCUGGAUUGACCGACGAGAACGCCAAACAGAGAGGGCCCACCUCACUAUAUUGUUUGAAAAGUAUGUUCCUCGUUGUCUCGAGCAGAUAAGAAACACCUUCAAGACCAUCACUCCCAUCCCAGAGAACUCUGUGGUGCAGACACUCUGCACUUUGCUUGACUGCCUUCUAACAACAGAAAAUAUUCCAUCUGACUCCCCACGUGAGCUCUAUGAAACCUACUUCACCUUUGCCUGCAUCUGGGCCUUUGGUGGGGCCCUGUAUAAAGAUCAGAUCUGUGAUUAUCGGGUAGAGUUCAGUCAGUGGUGGACAAAAGAGAUGAAGACAGUAAAGCUACCAGCACAGGGGACAGUGUUUGACUAUUACCUCGACCCUCAAACCAGACGAUUCCUGCCCUGGAGUGAUGCUGUGCCUCCAUUUGAAAUGGAAAGUUGUACACCAUUAGCGGCUGUUCUAGUACACACAGCAGAGACUGUACGUCUCCGGUACUUCAUGGACUUGUUGCUGGACAGGAGACAACCCGUGAUGCUUGUGGGGAAUGCUGGAGUGGGAAAGACUGCACUUGUUAGGAACAAGUUGGACUGUCUGCCAGAAAAUUACAUGACUACAAAAGUACCAUUCAACUACUACACUACCUCUCUCACACUACAGGGUAUCCUCGAGCAACAAUUAGAGAAAAGAGCAGGCAGAAGCUACUCCCCUGUAGGCAACAGAAGGCUGGUCUACUUUAUAGAUGAUAUAAACAUGCCAGCCUCUGACAGUUAUGGAACAGUGCAGCCUCAUACACUUAUACGCCAGCAUCUGGAUUAUGGACACUGGUAUGACAGACAGAAACUGACCCUAAAAGAAAUACAUAAUAGCCAGUAUGUUGCCUGUAUGAAUCCGACGGCUGGGAGCUUCAAUAUUAACCCCAGACUGCAGAGACAUUUCUCAGUGUUCGCAGUGAACUUUCCUUCAUCUGAGGCUCAGGCAUUCAUCUUCAGUCAGAUCUUGUCUGGCCACUUGAAGCAGCAGGCCUUCAGUUCACUUGUUCAGAGGAGCACUGCGGCUGUAGUCCAGGCUGCGGUAACUCUUCAUGACAAGAUGGUUCGCAGCUUUCUCCCAACAGCCAUUAAAUUUCAUUAUACAUUUAAUCUACGAGACUUGUCUAAUGUCUUUCAGGGCAUUCUCUUGGCUGGGCCUGAGAGUGUGAAAGAGAGCACUGACCUGGCACUGCUGUGGCUCCACGAGUCCAGCAGAGUGUAUUCAGACAGACUGGUAGAUGUCAAGGACCUGCAGCUUUUCCGGAUGCUCCAGAUGGAGACUGCACAUGAAUGCUUUGAGGGACUGGAGGACAAAAAGGUGACAAAGCAGCCCCUCCUUUAUUGCCACUUUGCCAAAAUGGGAGAGGAAGCCUCCUAUGCUCCUGUCACAGACUGGUCUCUGCUCAGGUCCAUCCUCACAGAUGCCCUGGAAAGCUACAAUGAGCUCAAUGCAGCCAUGACCCUGGUACUGUUUGAGGAUGCUAUGCAACAUGUUUGUCGCAUCAGUCGUAUCCUGGAGACUCCAAGGGGUCAUGGCUUACUGGUUGGGGUUGGGGGCAGUGGGAAGCAGAGCCUGACUCGUCUGGCUGCCUACAUAUCCUCUGUGGAAGUCUUCCAAAUCACCCUGAGUAAGGGUUAUAGCAUCCAGGACCUCAAGAUGGAUCUGGCUGGCUUGUUCCUAAAGACUGGAGUGAAGAACCAGCAUGUGGCUUUACUCCUGACUGAUGCUCAGAUACCUGAUGAGCAGUUUCUUGUCAUUAUCAAUGACUUCCUGGCAUCAGGAGAAAUUCCCGAUCUCUUCAGUGAGGAAGAGAUUGAAGAUAUUGUGUCAGGUGUGAGAGCUGAGGUUCGUGCCCUUGGGCUGCUGGACACCAAAGAAAACUGCUGGAGAUACUUUACUGAUCGAGUUCAGCUAACACUCACGGUGGUACUGUGUUUGUCUCCUGUGGGCAAUACCCUUCAUGUUCGGGCCCGUCGAUUCCCAGCCCUUUUUCAAUGUACCACUGUUGACUGGUUCCAUCCUUGGACCUCAGAUGCUCUGCAGUCAGUCAGCUACAGGUUCAUCCAAAAGAUUGAAGGCAUUGAGCCUGCCGUCCAGGAAUCCAUCAGUCUUUUCAUGGCCUACGUUCACACCAGUGUCAACCAGGCAAGUGAAAAAUACCAGCGCAAUGAGAAGAGGUACAAUUACACCACCCCCAAGAGCUUUCUCCAGCAAAUCACCCUGUACAGAAACCUUCUGGAGAAGAGCCAGGCUCAGCUCCAGCACAAGAUGAACCGGCUUGACAACGGCCUUCAGAAACUCCAAACCACUGCUGCUCAGGUUGAGCAUUUAAAGGCCAAAUUGGCAUCCCAAGAAACUGAGCUGACCUUAAAAAAUCAGAAUAUUGAAAGUCUAAUUACAAAGAUUGGACAGCAAACUCAGAGGGUUAGUAACAAGAGAGAGGCUGCAGAUGUUGAGGCACAAAAGGUAGCUGUCAUCCAGGCUGAAGUCUCAGUCAAACAGAAGGACUGUGAAAAUGACCUAGCCAAAGCAGAGCCGUCACUGACAGCUGCCACAGCAGCACUGGACACACUCAACAAGAUGAAUCUUACUGAACUGAAGGCUUUUCCAAACCCUCCAGUGGCAGUGAUCAAUGUAGCAGCAGCGGUGAUGGUUCUGCUAGCUCCCCGUGGUCGAGUGCCUAAGGAUCGGAGCUGGAAGGCAGCACGAGCCUUCAUGGGCAAGGUGGAUGAUUUCCUGCAAGCCCUGGUGUCAUAUGACAAGGAGCACAUUCCUGAGUCCUGUUUGACUGUAGUGAAACGAGAGUAUUUGACUAACCCAGAGUUUCACCCUGAUCUUGUUCGCACCAAAUCUACAGCAGCAGCUGGUCUCUGUGCCUGGAUUAUUAACAUUGUUAGAUAUUAUGAGAUAUAUUGUGAGGUCAUUCCAAAAAGGGAUGCAUUAUCACAAGCUAAUGCAGAACUAGAAAUGGCAACAUCCAAACUGUUGGCAGUUAAAAAGAAGCUGGUGGAUCUUGAUGCCAGUCUCCAGAGCCUCACAGCUCAGUUUGAAAGGGCUACAGCUGAGAAAAUCAGUUGUCAGGAGGAGGUAGCACAUACCAUCCAAACCAUAGAGCUGGCCAACCGACUAGUCAAGGGCUUAGAGUCAGAGAAGGAGCGCUGGUCCCAAGCCGUUCUUCAGUAUGACAAGCAACGGAAAACUCUGUGUGGUGAUGUUCUCCUCACUUCAGCAUUUGUCUCUUAUAUGGGUUAUUUUACGAGGCAGUAUCGUGUGGAGCUCUUUAAUAACACAUGGAUCCCUUUUCUUCAGUCUCAGAAGGUCUCUGUACCCUUGACAGACGGCCUGGAUCCAGUCCUCAUGAUUACAGAUGAAGCCACUGUGGCUGCCUGGCAUAACCAGGGCUUGCCAAAUGAUAGGAUGUCCACUGAGAACGCUGCCAUCCUGACCACCAGCGAGCGUUGGCCACUCAUCAUUGACCCACAGCAGCAAGGCAUCAAGUGGAUCCAAAAUCGAAUAGGGUCAGAGCUUAAGGUGGUGCAGCUGGGACAGAAAGGCAUGUAUCUAGAUGUGAUUGAACAAGCUCUUGCCUGUGGUGAAACAGUUCUGAUAGAGAAUCUUCCAGAAAAGGUAGACCCGGUCCUGGAGCCCCUGCUGAGUAGAAGCACUAUUAAAAAAGGAAGGUACAUUCGGAUUGGGGGCAAGGAGUGUGAAUACAGCAGUAACUUUCAGCUCAUUAUGCACACCAAGUUAGCCAGUCCCCAUUUCCCUCCUGAGCUCCAGGCCCAGACCACACUAAUCAACUUCACAGUAACUCCUGUGGGCCUGGAAGAGCAGCUGCUGGGACAGGUAGUGUCCCAGGAAAGACCUGACCUGGAGGCUCUAAAGAUGGAGCUGACCACACAACAGAACUACUUCAAAAUUGAGCUGAAGAGGUUGGAGGAUGACCUGUUGAGUCGCCUCUCUGCAGCCCAUGGUAAUUUUCUGGGUGAUAUUUCUCUGGUAGAGCAACUUGAAAACGCCAAGUCCACAGCCGCUCACAUUCAGAACAAGGUGGUGGAGGCCAGAGAGAAUGAGACAAAGAUCAACAAGGCUCGAGAACUAUACCGCCCAGCAGCUGAGCGAGCGUCUCUCCUCUUCUUCAUCAUCAGUGACCUCAGCAAAAUUAACCCAAUGUACCAGUUUUCUCUCAAGACCUUUAACUCGGUGUUUAACAAAGCGAUGGAAUGUGCAGAAUGGGAUGAAGAUGUGAGGACCAGGGUGCACACCCUCACAGAGGCCAUCACCUAUUCUGUAUUCUUGUACACCAGCCAGGCCCUGUUUGAGAGAGACAAGUUAACCUUCUUGUCACACACUGCCUUCCAGAAAUUGUGCUGCUCUGGAGACUGUGCUUCAUGUAGAAAUUACACAUUCAGAGGCACUUAUUCAGCUUCUAUUCUGCUCAAGCAGGGCUUGAUUGAUGCUCAGGAAUAUGAUCUUUUAUUGCGUUUCCCUGUGGAAGCUACCAAAGUUAGUCCUGUGUCCUUCCUCUCUUCAUAUGCCUGGGGAGCCAUUAAGACAAUUUCUGCAAUGGAGGCCUUCAGUGGACUGGACAGAGACAUGGAAAGUUCACCAAAGCGCUGGAGGAAAAUUGUUGAAUCCAGUUGUCCUGAAAAGGAACGACUUCCACAGGACUGGAAGAAUAAAACCUCCCUCCAGAAGCUCAUUAUUCUUAGAGCACUUCGCCCUGAUAGGAUGACCUAUACACUAAGGAACUUUGUAGAGGACAACAUGGGAGCAAAAUAUGUGGAUGCUGCCAGGCUGGACUUUGACAAGUUAUAUGAGGAUAGUGGCCCCUCAACCUCUGUGUUCUUCAUCCUCUCUCCUGGGGUGGAUCCACUCAAAGAUGUGGAGAAACUAGGGUUGAAGCUUGGUUUUUCCAUUGACCAGGGCAAUUUGCAUAAUGUGUCCCUGGGACAGGGGCAGGAGGAGGUAGCUGAAAGAGUUUUGAGGAAUGCUUCUAAACUGGGACACUGGGUCAUCCUGCAGAAUGUGCACCUGCUGUCUCGCUGGCUGCCAUCUCUGGAUGCUUUUCUGGAGGCAGCAGCAAUGGACAGUCACCCCAGCUUCAGGGUUUUCAUCACCGGGGAACCAGCACCAAGCCCUGAACAGCAUGUAGUCCCCAGAGGAAUACUGGAGAAUGCCAUCAAAAUCACCAAUGAGCCCCCCACUGGCAUGAAUGCCAGUCUGCAUGCAGCUCUCAGUCACUUUAGUCAAGACACUUUGGAUAUGUGUUCCAGAGAACAGGAGUUCAACUCGAUGUUCUUCUCCCUCUGCUUCUUUCAUGCUUGUGUCACAGAGCGCCGUAAAUUUGGUCCCCAAGGGUGGAACCAUAACUACCCUUUCAGCACCGGAGACCUCACCAUCUCAGCAAAUGUCUUGUACAACUACUUAGAGGCCAACACCAAAUCAAUGCAGGUGCCUUGGGAGGACUUGUGUUAUCUUUUUGGAGAGAUCAUUUAUGGAGGACACAUUACUGAUGACUGGGAUAGAAGACUGUGUCGGGCCUAUCUGCAAGAGUUCAUGCAUCCAAAAAUGUUGGAAGGGGAGCUUUUUUUGUGUCCUGGGUUUCUGGCCCCUCCAUUCAUGGACUACAGUGGUUACCAUCAUUACAUUGAUGAACAUCUCCCAUCCGAGAACCCCGCUCUGUAUGGUCUACAUCCAAAUACUGAGCUCGAGUGCCUCACUGUCACCUCAGACAACCUCUUAAGGACUCUGCUGGAACUACAGCCACAGGACUCCUUCAGAGUAGAGGGGGGAGCUGAGAGCACAGAGGAGAAGAUCAGUUCUGUCAUUGAAGACCUUCUUGAGAAACUCCCUGAGGAAUACAACAUGGCAGAGAUGAUCACAAAGACACCAGAGCGAAGCCCCUACGUUUUAGUCUGUUUCCAGGAGUGUGAACGCAUGAAUCUUCUCCUAGCAGAAAUAAGGAAGACCCUUACUGAGCUGGAUCUUGGCCUGAAGGGAGAACUCACAGUCUCUUCCAGUAUGGAAACUCUGCAGUCUGCCCUCUUCACCAAUUCUGUCCCAGAUUCCUGGGCCCGACUAACUUAUCCCUCCACUAAAACACUGGGACAAUGGUUUAGAGAUGUACUAUGUAGUUGUCGUGAGCUGGACAGCUGGACUCGAGACUUUGCUCUACCUGCAGUUGUUUGGCUCUCAGGGCUCUUCAACCCACAGGCCUUUCUCACAGCUGUGCUGCAGAGCAUCGCACGCAAAAAUCAGUGGCCCCUAGAUAAAAUGGCUCUGAUAGUUGAUGUAACAAAAAAGACAAAAGACGAAUUUGGACAUCCACCACGGGAGGGAGCCUACAUCCAUGGACUCUUCAUGGAAGGAGCACGAUGGGACACUCAGUCUGGAGUCAUCUCUGAGGCAGUUUUGAGAGAUCUGACCCCAGCCAUGCCGGUGCUGUAUGUAAAGGCUGUGCCUGCAGAGGAGCAAGAGCUCAAGAGCACUUAUGAAUGUCCAUUGUACCGCACUAAGCAGCGUGGACAUACAUAUGUUUGGACUUUCCACCUCCGAACCAAACAGCCUUCUGCCAAGUGGAUCGUAGCUGGAGUGGCACUGCUGCUGUCUGUAUGAGGCGUGAUGGGAGUGGAAGACAGUGAGUCCUUAAGUAUCUUAUAAUAUUUGCCAACACUACAGUAUUCUGCAAACACUGCUAAAAAACAGAUAUUUGUAGACAGUAUUGAAAAAUGUACUGCUAUCCUUUUGCUCUUUAUCAUGUUUUGUGAUAGAAAAUUACAGAUUACACACUUUUAACCUUGCUUUUUUAUUGAUAUGUUUGUUGUUGUGUCCAGUUUGGCUUAAAGGAGUCAACACCGACAUUGUAGCAUUUAAUGUGUGUUCUGAGAUUUAAAGUAGAUAAAGAAGCAGAGACAUGUUUAGCCAGUGUUUAAACCUGUUGUCUGUGUCCAACACUUGAACCUCUCCCUGGAGAUGGCUCACUCGGGGCUUGAUUUGUUGGGAGCUUAUGUCUUCAUUUUAGACCAUGUAAUUCUGGAUGGGGAGCAUAUUUUAUUGGAAGGUCAAGAUUAAAAAAGGCUCCCUGGCUGCCCUCUACUAACCGAAUGAUACACAAUGCCGUCUGGAGGGUUCCCGGACAGAAUUCCCAGGAGAUGAUGUGCAUGGUUGCUAUUGACUUUUAAAUGAGGUGCAUUUGACAUUGACCUUUUGUACGGCAGAAGCAGAAUACUAACAGACGAAGUGUAAUUCAUUCAGGCCUGUUUGAGAACCCUAUUCAAAGACACCGAUAGCUUUCUAUGAGAACGCAACACAUUAGAUUGCCCAUCCUUUAUCUGUCUGCACUCUGUUAGCAUCUGAUUAACUUAAUAUGAACCAAAUAAAAUCUUAUAACUUUCGAUGAGUCUGAAGAAACACAGUCUUCUUAUCAGACGUGUUGUCUUUUCAAACUGAUUUAAUCAAGGUUAAUUGAAAACCAAGAUGUUUAAAGUGUCCCUGUAUCAUGUGCGUAGGAUGAUUUUUAUGGUUUAAAUCUUCUGUGUGUUAGAGAUGCAUCAAAAUAUUGCAGGAGCUCCAGAGUCACAGUUGAGAUCAUAUAGAAGAGUAAUGCCAUGAGAAAAAUUAUUUUAAUCAGCACAUAGCAAUUGUCUAAAGGAAAUUUUGUGCAACCAUGAAAAGGAAAUUUAGCUGAAAAAAUAAGGCUAUUUAUUAUUCAGUACAAGCUUAUUUGACUUUUUGUAAACAGACUGUCAGUCAAAAUAGUAUGAUAUGGAUAUACCGUGAGAGAAACAGAACAGGUGCGAUUUUGUUUGCUAUGACAAACAAGUGACAUUAUGAAAUUACAGCCACUGAAACACAUCUCUCUUUUUUUUUUUUGGAUGGAAAUCAGCACUCUUAUCUUCUCAAAUGAGAUUUUCUCCAACGCUAAUAACUGCUGUGUUGCCCUUAAUUUCUCCCUGCAACCGAAGGGGCUGUAGUCAGACAAGUGGAGGAUGGUGGAUUGAUUCUUUGUAUUGUAUUGCACAGGGGAAAUGAAGAACCAGUCUUCCUGUAGUUUCUCUUCAUCUGCUCUCUCUUCCCCUCAUUAGCACGCCACAGCAGCUAGCCAGUCAUUUGGUGACAGGGAAAUGAUACAGUGCUGGCAGUGUUUGGGAGGAAAUGGCAGGGUACGAGGCCCAACGCAGCAGGGGUCGUGCCACAGAUAGUCAUGUUAAAGGCCAAGCAGGACACCUGGUUAAAGUCAGCAAGGGCAUCUGGGUCACACCUCCGCCUCAUAGCACCCAGGAAAGAUACUGUGUACUGAUGGCCUUGUUAUCCAAAAAUUGAACAGAGCCCACAUGUGUAGCUUUUUGUCAAGCAUUGAUUAAGUUCUCAUCAAGUGAAAUCCUGUGCAUUGAACAACCUAGCCAAGUUAACUGCAAUAUUAUAUAGUGAUAAUAUGAUCAAAGUCUGUGGAAAAUGUUAGAAUUAGUAUGUUCAUCCUUCAAUAGUUUUAGACUAUCAGGGCCUAAUUUGUUCCAUAACAAAGGAGCUGUGUGCGCCUACUGACCAACCACCCCAUCUUUCUCACUUUAUAUGCAUUGUCUAUGUACUGAUGUAUUUAGUAAAAUGAACCAUGUAAACAUAUACAAAUAUUAUAAAAUAAUGGCAUUAAAAAUAGAUUUAAACUCAGGGCUCCUGUACAAGGUGGGGCCUCAAGGUACAGUAGUAAUGCAUCUGUUGCCUUAAGGCCCCUGUUGUUUGUAGUGUGCUUUACAAGUUAAUACAGUAUUAACAAAGAAACCACAAAGUAACUGCCUUACACUGACCUGGAGCAAUCUGAUUGUUUCUUCAAAGAUGAAAUACUGUACUUUAAAUUUACUAAUUGACUGUAAUAUCAGACGUUGAAGUUUAAUCUGAAUAUCAUUCGUGUAUCAAACCAGACACCCAGGUGACAGCAGGGUCUCCUCCUGACUGGUUUUUCUCUGACAAAACAGCCAACCCAGCAACAUAGAAAUGGAACUGGUAAAAACGGAAUGUGAAAAAAUAUACAAUAAUACUCUGACGCCUGGUGCCAAGCUUGAAACACUGUGCAGAGUAGCUGCCAGUUCGUGCCUUUUUGUACUUGUUCUGCUAUUAAGGUGGCUGUAUUUGUGAACAUGUUGAGAAUAUUAAAUUCUCUCACCUUUUUGCAUUUAACAGCUCCCUU